GCCAUCACGUUUCAGUCCCAGGCAUGCUUGGGUGGCGUCUUGGCAGGGGAGCAGCUGCAGUCGUGCGCAUGGCGUCCUCUUCCUCCUCCCUCCCCUCCUUGCCGCGGCUAUCCAUCCCGGCUCACCGAGCACACCACGAGGCAGCCAUGGCUGCUUCGCUCGGCGCCUCGCGGACUCUGCGUAACGGCGGCGGGAGGCAGAUGCAGGAUCUUGUGAUGCAGAGGUGGGCUGAGGUGGUGUUGUGUUGUGGCGCGGAUUGGGGAUGCGUGCCGCAGCUGUGGAACAGGGUGGUUCUGCGCAAGUGGCUUAAUAUCGGCGCGGGGUCCGGGGACUCCGACUUCAGCGCCGACGAGCGCUCCGACGGCGAGGCGGACCGCGAAGGUUACUUUUCCGCCGCUCCCUUUCUUGAGCGCAGUGUUCUGACUUCUAAAUUUCCAAAUCGAUCUGUUUGCUCAAACUUGCUCUUGUUUGGAGGGAAAUUGGGGAGAAUUUGGUUCCGAAGUUUGAGCGGUAGGCGUUGACGGUGAUGCAGAGGAGACAACAGUGUUGCAAUGAAAGUUCUUUCUUACAUGCCUGGUUGGAAGCGUGAAUUAUGUAACGAAGAAAGGAUAUUAGCUGGAUUGGGUGCAAGCACGACCGGUGCGAAUGAUGUACCUCACAGGCUUAGAAGGCACAGAUCAGAGAUCCUUCGCGCUCAGUAUGUUGAUGUUAGAGAACUCAGGAUCUGCGUGGGGACUUGGAAUGUUGGAGGAAGAUUUCCACCCAGUGACUUAGAUAUUGAAGAAUGGUUGGAUAUGGAGGAUCCAGCUGAUAUCUAUGUUAUUGGAUUUCAAGAGAUCGUUCCACUCAAUGCUGGGAACAUAUUUGGUGCUGAAGACAAUCGUCCAGUUUCUGUAUGGGAGCAGAUCAUCCGUGAAACUUUGAAUAAGAAUUUUUCAGAUAAAUCAAGGUUUAAAUGUCAUAGUGAUCCUCCUUCAGUGUCAAGAUUCAAUCCAUCAGAUGCUGCUCUUUCCAUGGAACAUGAAUCGCUUAGUGGGUCCGACAAUGAUAGUGAUGGGGAACUUCAACCAUUGAUUGAGCAAGACCAUAAUUGUCGACUUCAAGAUAAAACAGAUGAGAAUUUUGAAGCUUUUCCAGAAGAGGGUUUAGAUCAGAGAGUAAAAAGGAAAAGGCCAGAAUUUGUACGGAUGAUAAGCAAGCAAAUGGUGGGAAUAUUUCUUUCGAUUUGGGUUCGGAGAAGCCUGCGGAAGCACAUUCAGAAUUUGAGAGUAUCAACUGUUGGUGUAGGCGCGAUGGGUUAUAUUGGUAACAAGGGAUCAAUAUCAGUCAGCAUGUUUAUACAUCAGACUCCUUUCUGCUUUGUUUGUUGCCACCUGGCUGCUGGUGAAAAAGAUGGAGACGACCUAAAAAGGAAUUCAAACAUUGAAGAAAUACUUCGAAGAACAGUGUUUAACCCAGUCCAUACUGUAGGCAUGCCUAUGAGAAUACAUGACCAUGAAAGGAUUAUAUGGUUAGGAGAUCUCAACUAUCGGAUUGACUUAUCCUAUGAAAGGGCACAUGAACUAAUCUCCAAACAGGACUGGGAUGGAUUGUUCAAGAGGGAUCAGCUGAAAAGAGAAUUAAGAAAAGGAUGCACAUUUGACGGCUGGUUUGAAGGAGUUAUCAGCUUUCCUCCAACAUAUAAGUAUGAGUUUGACUCAGGAAGCUAUGUCAACGAUGAGAGUAAAUCUGGGAGAAGAACCCCUGCAUGGUGUGACCGCAUUCUUUCAUAUGGAAAGGGAAUCAGGCUACUUUCCUACAAGAGGGGGGAGCUUACACUUUCCGAUCACCGCCCUGUGACUGCAGUUUACUUGGCCGAGGUUGAAGUUUUCCGCCGUAGAAAGCUGCGGAGGGCUCUAACAUUCACUGAUGCAGAGGUUGAGCACUACCUAUUAUCCGAGGACAACGGGUUUUUUGAACCAAAAAUUCGUUGAAUCAUGGGACAUGCAUGAACCAUGACACAUGCAAUUUCUUAACUCUUGUCCCAAGCAGAUGAUGUGGCAAUGUGGCCAACACCAGUUUCCAAAACACGUCAGAGAAGGUUCAGUUGCAUACUUGCAUUACUUAUUCUACCACAAGCGACUUCUUUAUGACUCCACCACAUCUAUGGAUUAUAUUUGCUGCACGCAUGUUUUAUCAAGAACAUCUCAAGCAUUAUGCUUCAUUACAGGACUCCGGGCAGCAUCUUUUGGAAUCUUGCCAAAUUUAUGCAUAAGGGCCUGAUUGGUUGGUUUCCAAUAUAUGCCAAGCCAAAAUGUGGGCAAUGCCAAAAAACUUCGGCACUCAUUUGGUUGGAAGCCAAUUUUUUUGGGCCAAAAUUCCUUAACAAAGUGACAAUGUUAAUUUCUUUCAUAUUUUUGACACCUUAUCAAUUGUCCACAUGUGUGUUAGUAUAAAUCAUAGUCAUUAGUGUUUGUAUUU